AGGAGGAGGCGGUUCAGUCUCUCUGUAGCUUAAAGUGAAACGGGGGUGAAAACCCGAUGAGGGUAAAAACACUUGUGCAUGUGUGGAUUAACAGCGGGAACGAGUCUUUUUACUUCAUUCAGACAAACUGCGAAGAGCCCGGCAGCACCAGGUCACAAACCGCGCGAUAAAAACGGUCUUUGAGUGCCAGGACUCUGUUCUCCAGAAUGGACAGCGUGUGUGCCCCGGCCCCGCCCACAUCCUGUGUAUAGAGGAAGUUGUGUAAUCAGCAUGUCCUCUCACCCGCAGCCGGUGCCUCAGAGCCGCAGGGCUGUGGAUGCUCGCCACCUGCCAAACCCUGCCGGCCUCCCCCUGCAGCUGGCCCGUGCACACACAGAUGUUGGCAUGGUGGACUUCCACCCGCGGGACUACACUUCCCACCUGGCCCAUGGAUCCCUGUCCCAGCCCCACCGCCGCAGGCCGUCACUGCUGUCAGAGUUCCAGCCAGGGAGUGAGAGAGCCCAAGAGCCCCAUGUCCGGUAUGAGCACAUCUACCUUCAGGAGGCCAACAGCCAAUCAGAGGUGGAGUACUCCGAGAUUAAACGCCCUCGCCUGGAAAUAGGUGCAGACUCUCUAAUGCGCCACCAGUCUCAUCGCCAGCCUCUUUCUCUGGGAGGAGCUGAAGACCUCGCUAAGGAGCGCAGCAGCAGCAGCUCCAUGGGGAAGCUGGAGCCCGUCUCUCCAGUCAGCCCUGCGGAGCCAGACCUGGACCUGGUGCCCACGCGCUUCUCCAAGGAAGAACUGAUCCAGAACAUGGACCGCGUGGACCGGGAGAUCACCAUGGUGGAACAGCAGAUCUGCAAACUAAGAAAGAAACAGCAACAGCUGGAGGAGGAGGCGGCGAAGCCCCAGGAGCCGGAGCGCAGCAUUUCUCCUCCGCCCAGCGAGGCCAAACACCGCAGCCUGGUGCAGAUCAUCUACGAUGAGAACCGGAAAAAGGCUGAGGAGGCGCACCGUAUCCUGGAGGGACUCGGACCCCGAGUGGAGCUGCCGCUGUAUAACCAGCCAUCUGACACGAAGCAGUACCAUGAGAACAUCAAGAUAAAUCAGGUGAUGAGGAAGAAGCUCAUUCUGUACUUCAAGAGGAGAAAUCAUGCUCGCAAACAAUGGGAGCAGAAGUUUUGUCAGCGCUAUGACCAGCUGAUGGAGGCUUGGGAGAAGAAGGUGGAGCGCAUCGAGAACAACCCGCGCCGCAGAGCCAAAGAGAGCAAGGUCCGAGAGUACUACGAGAAGCAGUUCCCCGAGAUCCGCAAACAGAGGGAGCUACAGGAGCGCAUGCAAAGCAGGGUGGGUCAGCGUGGUGGUUUGGCUUCUGCUGCUCGUAGUGAACAUGAGGUGUCUGAGAUUAUAGACGGCAUUUCAGAACAGGAGAACUCUGAGAAGCAGAUGCGUCAGCUGGCGGUGAUUCCUCCGAUGCUGUUUGAUGCUGAGCAGCAGAGGAUAAAGUUCAUUAAUAUGAACGGUCUGAUGGACGACCCCAUGAAGAUUUACAAAGACAGACAGGUCAUGAACAUGUGGAGCGACCAGGAGAAGAACACCUUCCGUGAGAAGUUUAUCCAGCACCCAAAGAACUUUGGCCUGAUUGCCUCGUUUCUGGAGAGGAAGACUGUAGCAGAAUGCGUCCUCUUCUACUACCUGACAAAGAAGAACGAGAACUAUAAGAACAUUGUCCGCAGGAACUACCGCCGCCGAGGUCGCAGUCAGCACAACCAGCAGCAGCAACAGCAGCAGCAACAAGUGAACCGCAACCACCAGGAGGAGAAGGAGGACAAGGAGAAAGAGAAGGAGGCAGAGAGAGACGAGGAAAAAACAGAGGGCGAUGACAAGGAGGACGGCAUAAAAGAUGACACGUCUGGGGAGGAUGGUGAAGAUAAAGAGCCGCCGGUAGCCGUGAAGGGACGCCGUACAGCCAACAGCCGUGGACACCGCAAAGGCAGAAUCACCCGCUCUAUGGCCAACGAGCAGGAGGAGACCAGCUCACCUCCACUCAGCAAUGAGCUGGCAAACCUGGAGAUGAAUGAAAGCUCUCGCUGGACUGAAGAAGAGAUGGAGACAGCCAAGAAAGGACUCCUCCAGUAUGGCCGCAACUGGUCCUCCAUUGCCAAGAUGGUGGGCUCCAAAACUGUGUCACAGUGCAAGAACUUCUACUUCAACUACAAGAAGAGGCAGAAACUGGACGAGAUCCUGCAGCAGCAUAAAAUGAAAUCGGAGCAGGAGCGUAAAGCCAGACGAAAAGGUAAAGCUCUGCAGAGUGAAGAGGCCAGUGCUCCUUCUGCUGCUGAUGAAGAAGAGAUGGAGGGAUCUGGAGUCAGCGGCAAUGAAGAAGAGGCUCAGGAGGAUGGAGAGGGAGGCCUUAACAACAGCUCGGACACAGAGAGUCUGCCCUCGCCUCGCUCUUCAGAGGACAGCAAGGUGAAAGAGGAGAAUUCCUCCCACUCCAAAACCAAACCCAGCGCCCCUUCAUCUUCAUCAUCAUCGUCCUCGGAGAAGGAGCCGUCGGCCCAGGAGCAGGAGGAGAAACCCGUGAUCCAGGUGGAGCAGGUGGGUGUGAAGGAGGAGGAGCAGAGCGAGGGAGUAGAAGGAGCAAGGGAGGUGCCGAGCGAGACGGAGGACAAGAAGCCGCCCACGCUGGAGCCGGAAGAAGGGAAGAGAGAAAGCAGGAAGAGGGACAGAGAACACGGAGGGAAGAGUGGAGGACAGGACAGUGACUCCAGUGCCACCUGCAGUGCAGACGAGGCGGAGGAUGCUGACGGUGCAGACAAGAACAGAAUGAUGUCUCCCAGGCCCAGUCUGCUGAGUUACGCCCAUGAUGGUGUGAUCUCUUCUGCACUGCAGAAACCACUGGACCUCAAGCAGCUCAAACAGAGAGCAGCUGCCAUACCUCCAAUAAUGCCUGAAGUUUCCUCAGCAGGUGUUUUGGGGAAGCAUCAGGUUCUUCCUGACGCUCUGGCACUUUACGAGCAGCAGAUCACUAUGGCGCACGAGUCCUCCCAGGAGGCCAAACAGCAGCAGCAGCAGCAACAGCAACAACAACAGCAGCAACCUCAGCCAGUUAAAUUACAGCAUUACCCUGGAGGCAGCGGUGGCAGAGACACCAGCAGCCCACGAGUCCGGACCAGGAGCCCCACGCCCUCCGAACGAGAGAAAGAGGAACUGGAAGGAAAGGAAAGAUGGCUACAGACUCUACUGCAUGGAUUAUAUAAGCCCCGGGCCUUCUCUCCGCUCGCUGACAUCAAGAAGACUCCGGAAGACCUCAGAGCCGUGUGCGUGGGCCGACCCGUGAUGUCACCGUUCCAGCUCUCUCCCAGAGACAUGGCCAAACUGAGCCACGAGCAGCUGCUGCACUACAACUCCACUCUCCAGCAGCAGGAGAGGAUGAGCGCUGUCCGGCCACUGCACAUCCCUGAGCCCCCUCCCCUCAUCUCCUCAGCCAAACCCGGUGGCUCCAUCACUCAGGGUACUCCGGUGCAGAUGCACAGUCCAGCCCAUGGCUCUGAGCACACUAAACUCUCUGCACCAGGAUCUCAGCCUCUGUCCUGGAUGAUGGAUCAGAGGAAGAUAGGUGGAUUCCCCAUGGUGAAGCAGGAGCAGCUCUCUCCUCGUGGUCCCUCUUCCUCUCAGGCUGAGAAUCUCUCCAGCCAGGCCGCCGCCCACGACAGCCUCGCCGCUCGAGGACCCAUGCCAGCUGUACAGGGUGGCAGCAUCACUAAAGGCCUCCCUGGCACACGCGUGCACCAAGAUCCACCCAUAUCAUACCGCGGCGGUUCCAUCACUCAGGGCACCCCUGCAGACGUGCUGUAUAAGGGCACCAUCACCCGGCUGAUCACUGAGGACAACCCCAGCAGAGACAGAGCCAGAGAGGAAAGCCAAGCCAAGGGGCAUGUUGUGUAUGAAGGCCUCAGCGGACACAUUCUCUCCUAUGACCGCACUCCAAACACGAAGGAGGACGGAAGAGGAGAGGUGUUGGGCCUCAAAAGGCCGUAUGAUGUCAUGGAAGGGGGUCUUUCUCGAGUGCUGCCCCUGCGGGACUCUAUGCCCACUGCUGAGGGUUUGAUAGGCAGAGCAAUGCCCCAAGAGAGGGAGAGUCCCCAUCCUCAUCAUAUGCGUGGCUCCAUCUCGCAGGGUAUCCCCCGUCAUGUUGAGGAUCAGGAGUAUCUGCGUAGGGAGGCUAAACAGCUGAAGCGUGACUCUCCGUCGCCCCGCGGCCCCGCCCUCGGCUCAGACCCCCUUAAAGGCAGAACUCAUGAGAGUCACGUGCCCACCGUGAAGGAGCCGGGUCGUUCCAUCCAUCUCAUCCCACCAGAGAGUGUAGUGAUGAGCAAACCGCCUAAAGAGGGCUCCAUCACACAGGGUACUCCUCUUAAGCAGGAUCCAGCAGGUUCCUCUAAGCGCCACGACGUUCGCUCCAUCAUAGCCAGCUCCCCUCGCCCCUACGCAGGCCUGCCUCCACACCUGGAGCUGCGUCCCGAGCACAGGGGUUCUGAACGAGGACGCUAUGAGGACCAGGGCCCCAAAUCCCGGCCCAGCGCAGUGGUCAGCACCUCCAGCUCUCUGGCCCGAGCCUCCCCGCUGUCUCUGGCAGCAGAACAGGGGAGCAAAGCCCACCACAGCCCUGUGGGAUAUGAAGAGCACAAACGCUCCAGUUACCCCCCAGCCUCACACAGGGGGUCACCUCUGUCCAGCAGAGACACCCCGCAGCGGCCCCAUGAAGGUUCCUCUAAAGUUCCUCAGCAAGAGAGGAAGUCCACUCCCACUCCUCGUGAGGUGAGUGCCACCAAGUCUCCCCUGCCGGGCGUGGCUGAACACCCAGCCUCCCUUGCUUCCUAUGAGCGACUGCUGCAGGGUUUGGGAGCAGAUAUGUACCGUGGACCGAUACCUCUGCCCUUCGAUCCUUCCACUCUUCCCCGGGGCAUCCCCAUAGAUCCAGCUGCAUACUACCUGCCCAGACACCUAGCCCCCACCCCGGGAUACCCCCACCAUUACCAGCCGUAUAUAAUCCGUGGCUUCCCCGACACGGCGGCUCUGGAGAACAGACACACGCUCUUCACCGACUACAUCACCUCGCAGCAGAUGCACCAGUGGCCUGCGGCCGCUAUGGCUCAGAGACCAGACCUGCUGAGGGGUCUCGCACCACGAGAACAGCCACUCACAUUGCCCUACUCGCCUACACCAAGAGGAGCAUCUGCAUCGCCGAUGGACAGGAUUACAUACAUCCCAGGAACCUCCACCUCUUUCCCCAGUCGAGCUUACACCACGUCCCCGAUCUCACCAGUUGGAAGCUCCCAUAUAAGCAAACUCCAGGGCACCCCCACGUCAUCUGAGCGCGAGCGCGAACGAGAGAGGGAGAGAGAGCGAGAGCGGGACCGAGAGAGAGACCGAGAGCGGGAGCGGGAAAGAGAACGAGAGCGAGACCGGGAGCGAGAGAGGGAGAGGGAAAGAGAGCGAGAGAGGGAGAGAGAGCGGGAUCGAGACAGAGAAAGAGAAAAGUCUCUGAGCCACGGCAACGUGGAGCACGCCCCCAUAUGGAGACCAGGAGCAGCAGAGCAAACUGGAGGCAGUUCCAGCUCUCGCCCUCCCUCCCUCCCCUACGGCCACCAGUCUCCUAUGAGUCCCCGGACGCAGGACAGUCUCCAGCAGAGGCCCAGCGUUCUGCACAACACCAGCUCCAAGAGCCUGUCCAGCUCAGAGCACUCCAGCUCCUCUGUGUUAAGAUCUUUGCCACAGAGCUCCUCACGCUACCCGAGCUACAGCGGGCACCUGCAGAGGGUCAGCGUGUCUGAGGCUUACCAGGCAGGGGGUCUGGACCCAGGCGGAGCCAAAGAGCUGAGCCGAGACUCAUCCAAGAGCUUAGGCCGCGGAGCAUUGUCCAAACACCAGGAGCUCUCCUCAUCCUCCUCCUCCUCCAAAUCCGAGCCCAAGCUGGCCAGCCCAGGCACGCCCGGAGUUUACCCCUACAUCCCCGGCACCCACAUAGGCAGAGGGCUCCCCCUGCUGGCUCCUGAGAACAGUGUCGGCCCCAGCAGCGGCGGCGGCGGCGGCAGCAGCAGCAACGCGCCAAGUAGGGAAAAGACUCAAAACAAAGCGAUGUCCAUUCAGGAACACGAACUCCGCGCACUCGGUAAGACCACCAUGACAGCGGCCAACUUCAUAAACGCGAUUAUCAUGCGUCAAAUUUCUUGUGAUACGGGGAUGCCAGAGGCUGGUGCACUCGGGGCCAACAGCGCCUGUGAUGCUCAGCAGAAGGCUUUUGAGCAGCAUGGACUGUACGGACCCCCAGAGGACAGACUGUCCCCCAGUCAGCAGCCACCCUCCCCUGCUGUAAAAGGAUCCCAGAGAGUGGUGACCCUCGCCCAGCACAUCAGUGAGGUCAUAAAGAAGGACUACAUGCGUCAGUCUCAGCAGAGUCAGUCUGGAGGUCAGCCAGCCCUGCAACCUGUGUUUGGUUUCCACAACUCACCUGUUCUGGAUCUCACUCGCCCCCCCAGUGCCCCCCAAGCCCAAACACCUUCUGAGUCCAGUGCCAACGCUCGGUACACCCCUGAGGGCUCUGCUGGAGACAGAGACAGGAUGAGGGACAGAUCUCCUCCUCAGAGUAAGGUCUCUCCUGUGAGUUUGGCUGCUGAAUGCAUUGAGCCGGUGUCUCCAGCAGGGGGCAUGUCUGAGCCAGAGUUGCAGGGAGCAGCCUGUCCCACCGAGCAAGCAGAACAGGGGUUGGGUUCUCGCUCUCCUGCCAGCAGCUCCCAGCCUCCUGCCUUCUUCAGCAAACUCACAGAGAACAACUCUGCUAUCGUCAAGAGCAAGAAGGAGAUGAUCAAGAAGAUGGUGGUCGGCAACGAGAACGAAUUCAACUCUGGGCAGCCCGGAACAGAAAUCUUUAACAUGCCGGCCUCCACAACUGCAGGGCCAGUCAGUGUUCGGAGUCACCCGCCUCCAGAGGCCAGUGGAAACACCAUCGGUCUGGAGGCCAUAAUCCGCAAAGCCCUGAUGGGUAAAUAUGACGACCAGGCAGAUGAGCGCUCCCCCUCCAGCUCUGUUAACCAAUUAAGUGCCGUAGGGACGCCUGCUGCUGCUGACCCUCGCGCUGAAGAGCCAUACUCCAUGCCUGGUAAAUCUAAGAGCAGCAGCCGUUCCAACGGUCGUAAGACCAAGUCUCCAGGUCCUGGUUUGUCUGGAGGAGAAAGACCCUCCUCCGUCUCAUCCGUCCACUCUGAGGGAGACUGCAACCGCCGCACUCCUCUCACCAACAGAGUGUGGGAGGAUAGACCCUCCUCAGCAGGCUCCACCCCAUUCCCCUGUAAUCCGUUCACCAUGCAGAUGCGUUUGCCCGGUGGGAUGAUGCCCGGCCACUCCCCCUCGCCCACACAGCCCGGAGCCCCGGGACCCUCCCAAAGUCAGAGACCCUGGGAGGAGGAGCCUAAACCGCUGCUGUGCUCUCAAUACGAGACCCUGUCUGACAGCGACUGAGCUCUCUCUAACACACACACACACACACACACACACUUGACUAAACAGGGACUGAAAAUACAAAUACAUUUAUACUGAUUUAAACAAGGACGUGGAUACACACACACACACACACACACAUUUACAUUCUCGUGAACAGUGAAGCAGUACACACCUAAUGAGAGCACAUACACAUAAAUAUGCCUACAUGCAAAUUAGUAUGCAUACAACCAUAUUAAAACACCUCUAAACUCAUUCAUUGUUCACACACAUUCAUACACACAUUCAUACACACAUUCAUACACACAUUCAUACACACGUCCCUGUUUUAUAAUACCUCUCCAAAAAAAAAAAAAACACAUACACACUCACACACACUCCAAAUGGACCCCAUCACACAUGCAGUGAGUGAGUGUGGCUUUUAAAGCUCCACUGCUGCAGAAAUGUGUGUUUUAUUGUAUUUUUAAGCGUGUUUGUGUGUACAGUAUGUUUGUGCACGUGCACACAGAUAUUAGCGUGUGCCAUCACUCCAAGAUUGCUCGUAGGACAUCACUUCUUUUCUUUUGUAGAUUUUUUUUUGUCUUUUCUGGCCUUAAAACGUGUUUUGGACUCUCAUAUGGGCUCUCAUAUUGUUUUAAACGGAAGUUCAUUCCUGCCAGAUGUCUUUUUUUAUCCUUUUGUUUUGGCAGCAACAUUAAAGAAUAAUAAUAAUAAUUAUAAUUUAGGAACUUGGAAUAAUCUCUGGAUUUUUCUUAUUAUCUUAAAAUAAUCAUUUGGAAUGUCGCAAUGAUUUAUUUAUAAAACAAAAUCUCAGUUUUGCCAUUGAAUCAUAAAAUUGUUUUUAAAAGUGUGUCCUAAUGUGUUAGAAUUAUCUUAAUUUUGCCAUAACAUCACAAAAUGAUUUAAAAAUAUUGACCUAAUAUUACACUAAAACUAUUAAAAAAAACUUAAUAUUAAAAUACUUCAGAAUAAAAAGUAAAAAUAA